CUGAAGCAUUUGCAAUUGGGCGAUUGUGCGGCUAAUCGAUUGAAGAGCAUAUCAGAGAUCCUCCUUAGGUACAGAGUAAAUCAAGUCUUAUCGCCCUUGCCCGUGUGGUUGCAGACAGAAUCUUGACGAGCAUCGGCAACUCAGGAGCCUUCCACGGCAGUUUCAGACGCGGCAAACGCUUAAAGGGAGCAGUGCUGUUAAUAGAGCGAGAACUAUCCGAAUAGCUCGUCAACCUCUUGAAUUAAACGAGUAGUAAGAUUAUACUUCAACAUGGCUGAAGCUAUACAAAGUCUCCCACCGCUUGGUUUCAUUGCCAUAGAAGUCAAUAUUCACCGACCACCAGGCGAUCCCUACAAUGAUCGGACCUGGCCGUUUCCUCUCAUCCGUGAAAUGGCAGAGGGAUCAAAAGUUUCACAAGUCGUCACCUCUUCAAGUUAUGACUCUGCAUUCACAGACCGUUUUGUAGAUGCCGGUCUACGUCUAGCGGCUAGAGGCUGCGUGGGUAUCAUCACUAGUUGCGGUUUCCUAGCACUAGCCCAGGCCGAACUUGCCGCAAGAUUGCCCAUCCCAAUCGCAACAUCAUCGCUGGCUCAACUGCCUUCCAUCCUACCUCUGCUUCCGCCGGGCAAUAGCGUUGGGAUUCUGACCUACGAUGAAUCAAGAUUAGGCUCGCAACACCUUACGAACUUUGUGCCCGAGCAGUCGCUUCCCAAAAUCAUCGUCCGUGGUGUACCUGCAGAAGGACAUCUGAGAGGGACAAUCGGAAAGGGUGCUCCGUACGUCCACGAAGAUAUUGAGGCAGAACUCGUCGCUGUUGCAAGAGACUUUGUGGCUAGUCGGCCUGACAUUAGAAUCCUGGUACUCGAAUGCACCAAUAUGCCAUCAUUCUCGGAAGCAAUCUACAAAGCACUGGACGGGAAGAUUCCCAUCUACGAUGUGUAUACUAUGGGACAGUGGUUCUACUCUGGAUUAGUAAGACAAGCCCCGGUUCACUGGCGUGGCUAGCAACAUUUGCACUACUGUCAACGUCGAAGCUUCUAUAGAUAUCCGAGUUCAUUUC